AUGGCAAGCUACAAAGAAACAGUAGCUGCAGCACUGCAACAACGCGAUAUCGGUCUUGCCAAGGUCGAGCCCAAGCUGCAAGGAAUCCCAGAUGAGCUCCCCCUCAACUCACGAGACCUCCCCAAAGCAGUCUUGACUGCACGCGAGAUAGAGAUCACCGAAAAGUACUCUGUCGUAAAGCUUUUAGACGUCCUCCGGAAGAGAGAAAUCAAGGUGGAAGAAGUAACUCGUGCGUUCUUGCGGAGAGCUGCGUUAGCUCAAGUUGCGACCAACUGCGUGGUCACUCUCAUGUGGGAUGAAGCUAUUGAACGAGCCAAAUAUCUUGAUUCUUUACCUGAACCCAAAGGCAUGCUCUUUGGUCUUCCAAUUUCGGCCAAGGAACAUCACGGUAUGGUUGGGAAGAACGUGACGACCCAUGCGUCUUUUGUAGCAUGGAUCAACAAGGCCCAUGGGUCCAACCUUCUUUACGACAAUCUGUAUGACGAAGGAUGUGUCUUUUACGUACGAACCACACAGCCUCAGACGAUCAUGCAUCUUGAAACGAGUAGCACCAUAUAUGGACGAACUGUAAACCCAUUCAACCGCGAUUUGACGUCUGGCGGUAGCAGUGGAGGCGAAGGAGCCCUCAUUGGAUUCCGAGGAAGUAUUCUGGGUGUUGGUGGAGAUAUUGGUGGCAGUAUUCGUUGUCCAGCAGCCCAUAACGGAAUCUAUGGUUUCAAACCGACUCUCAAGCGAAUCUCAACCAUGGGUGCACGAUCAAUCAUGAUUGGAAAAGAAACUGUGUCUUCUACAGGAGGUCCGAUGGCUGUUGACCGCGAGUCGCUUGAGCUUUUUAUGAAGGUAGCCCUGGCAUCCAAACCAUGGCUCAUCGAUCCUUCCCUUACCGCCAAGGAGUGGACACCAUACAAAUUCGAUCGGCCUCUGAAGAUUGCCAUUCAAUGGUGGGAUGGUGUCGUCCAGCCCCAUCCGCCAAUGACCAGAGCUCUGAGAGAAGUGGCAGAGGCUUGUCGCAAAGCUGGCCAUCAAGUCAUAGACUGGGACUGUGAACCUUUGGAUCAUGCAAAGGGCUGGGAAAUCCUCUCAGCAUUAUACUGGCCUGAUGGAGGAAAGCAAGCAUUGGAUCUUCUCGAAGCAGCUGGAGAGCCUGUCCUUCCUUUGACAAAGUUCAUUAUAGAACAACCAAGCGUGAAGAACAUGAACAUGCACGAGUUGUGGGAGCUUUGCACUAAGCGAGAAGACUACCGCGCCGCAUAUGCUCGCGCCUGGUCCUACACAGGUAACGACGACGGUAGAGAAGUCGAUGUCAUUUUGUGCCCACCUUAUUUCGGAGCGGCAUCUCCCCAUGAACAGUCACGUUACUGGGGAUAUACCGCUCACUGGAACCUCCUGGACUACCCAGCAGCAGUUUUCCCAGUAACAACAGUUGAUCCCUCUAAGGAUCCCAAGGAUGUCAACUAUGUCCCCAAGAACGAUGAUGAUAAAUUUGUUUACGAUCAGUACGACCCUGAGACAUUUGCCGGUAUGCCAAUCAGUCUGCAGAUUGUUGGGCGAAGGCAGUAUGAUGAGAAGGUUCUUGCUGCACUUGAAGAGAUCGAGCACGCCAUGGGAAGAGUGUAA